AUCUCUUACUGACAGACGGACCGUGACGUGUUUCCCGGGGAAUUAUUUUUGCAGGAGCACGCAGGUAGCUGUCAACUUGUGGAGCACUGAUUUUUAGGUCCGUUUCUAUCACAAAUGAAGCGAGAACCAGCGAUAAUAUAGUAUAGCUAUUAAAAGGGGAGAAAACAUCAAGAAAAAAAAUGACGGACAACCACGUGUCCGGGAUGGAGACUUCGGCCGUGUCCGUCCUGAAACGAGCCGUGGAGCUGGACCAGAGCGGCCGCUUCCAGGAGUCUCUGGUCUGCUACCAGGAGGGAAUCCAGCUGCUCAUAGACGUGCUGAAAGCUUUGAAAGACGAGUCAAAGAGGGGACACUACAGGGACAAGAUCAAGGGCUACAUGGACAGAGCAGAGCAGAUCAAGGCUCACGUGAACCAGCUAAAAGAAGAUGGUAAAUACCACGAGCAGAUAAAGAUCCCAGAAGAUGCCACAGGCUACAGCUAUGAGACUCUGUUCAAACCGUACAUCAGCAGCACUCUCUCAGAGGUUUGGGUGGAGGAUCCAUACAUACGUCAUACCCACCAGUUGUACAACUUCGUGCGGUUCUGUGAGAUGCUGCUAAAAACGUGCAACAAGGUGAAGAAGAUCCACCUCCUCACAUCCCAGGGUGAAGCUGAUAACACCCAGCAGAGCAGCGCUCUGUCUGAGCUGAGAGACAGUCUGGGUGGUCAGGGGGUGACUAUGGAUGUGCAGUACUCCUCCACUAUCCAUGACAGGGAGAUCAGGUUUGACAAUGGCUGGAUGAUAAAAAUCGGAAGAGGGUUGGAUUACUUCAAAAAGCCUAAGGGCCGGUUCUCUAUCGGAUACUGCGACUACGACCUCAGAUGCUGCCACGAGACGUCUGUAGAGAUUUUCCACACCAAACACACAAAAACUCUAUGAACUUCAUCUCGCUCAAAGGAACGCGUUCCUCUAAAUCCAGAUAUGGACCAAAACAGAAGCACAUCUGCAACAGUUUUAGGUUUGCCUUAACAUCCAGCUUCUCACGCAGGGUUUGGAUUUGAACGUUAUUCCUGCACUGGUGUGUCAUAGCCGAAGCUGACUGUAUUAAUAAAUCCUUCCUCUUUACUUUACUUUAAGGGGUUCUCCUGUAUAUCCACUUCCCUUUGGGCCUGUAAAUCUCUUCUGUAACAAGGGUUGUAUUUAUUAAGAGUGCUUUUAUGGAUCUCGUACCAAUAUGUGCAAGAAUAAACUGUUGAAAAGUGCUUUUAUAUAUUUUCUAAACAUGAUUAAAAUGUGCUUUUAUUGAUCUAUGAA